UCGUAUUACGGGAGACUCCAGCCCGGAGACAUCUGCUCCGAUUCUAACAACGGAGCGCGUCCCCGCGUCUCCUGCGGCCGAUCCCGUGUCCCGUCGCGCCCCCUCCUCCUGCUCCUGCUCCCUCUCUCCGUUAUUUGCGCUCAGGAGGAGCCACCCUGCAGGUGACCUCCAGGUUUUCUCGGGCCGCGGUUCCCCCCGCCGCCCCUGCUCCAUCCCUCCGGUGCCACGGCGCGGCGCGGCGGCUCUCCCGGCGCGGUGCCAUCGAGCAGCACAUUUCUUUUUGUCUGUGCGCUCGGCAGGCUGCUGGCUGUGGGCUGUGCAGGCUUCGCAUCCUCUCCUGCUGCCGGCUGCGUUUCAGUUAGAGGAGAGGCGAACGAAGGGCGGAUGGCCAAAGCAAAUAUCUUCAUGUCUGAUGUUUGAAAACGCCUCAUCCGGGGGAUCUUUGGUUUGAUUUUAUUUUUGGUCUUUUGUGCGCUUUUUUUGAUUGUUUUCUGCGCCAUGGAGUCGGUGGAGAAGGAGUGUGGAGCGCUGGGUGGAUUAUUCCAGGCCAUCGUGAACGACAUGAAGAGCUCGUACCCUGUGUGGGAAGACUUCAGUGCCAAGGCCACCAAGCUGCACUCUCAACUCAGGACCACGAUGCUGGCGGCCGUGGCCUUUUUAGAUGCCUUUCAGAAGGUGGCAGACAUGGCCACCAACUCCAGAGGUGCCACCAGAGAUAUUGGCUCAGCCCUGACAAGGAUGUGUAUGCGACACCGCAGCAUAGAGGCAAAAUUGCGCCACUUCACCAACGCUCUUAUGGAGGGCCUGGUUACACCGCUCCAGGACAGGAUAGAAGAAUGGAAGAAGACAGCUAAUCAGCUGGACAAAGAUCAUGCCAAAGAAUACAAAAGAUCUCGUCAGGAAAUCAAGAGAAAGUCGCUGGAUACAAUAAAACUCCAAAAGAAGGCAAGAAAAGAGCUUCUAGGCCGGGGAAAUCUGCGCCCCCAGCUGGACAGUGCCAUGCAGGACGUCAGCGACUUGUAUCUGCUGAUGGAGGAGACGGAGAAGCAGGCGGUGCGCCGAGCCCUGCUGGAGGAGAGAGGACGCUACUGUACAUUCAUCAACUUGCUGCAGCCUGUUGUGAAUGUAGAAAUCGCCAUGCUGGGGGAAAUAACUCAUCUCCAGCCCAUCGUUGACGACCUUACUGUGUUGACUGAAGACCCGCACAAGCUGCCGCCAGCCAGUGAGCAGGUGAUCCGGGACCUGAAGGGCUCUGACUUCAGCUGGUCCUACCAGACCCCUCCUUCCUCUCCGAGCAGCACCGGCUCCAGGAAGAGCAGCAUGUGCAGCCUCCUCCAGAUGCCCUCUGCGGGAGCCCAUCGGCUCAGCAGCGUCUCCUCCCACGACUCAGGCUUUAUUUCCCAAGAUGCCAACACCCAUUCGAAGCCUCCGUCGCCUAUGCCCUCUGAUAUCACCAGCCAGAAAUCAACAAGCUCAGCCUCCUCUGAGGCUUCAGAAACCUGCCAGUCUGUCAGCGAGUGCAACUCUCCUACAGCGUUUGGCUCAUGCUCAUCCUUUGGUACCUUCCGCCCUGCUUUCUCUCACACUGGCACCAUCAGGCCUCUCUCUGUCAUACUUCCUGCGUCCCCCACAUUUAACCACUCCCCUGGAUCCAACACCCCCUCACCCACAUCAAAGGUUCCUAGCUGGAAGGACUGGGCCAAAUCGAGUUCCUGUGAGCCGUCGCUGGCCAGCACUCUGCAGCGUAGGAGGGAGUCUAUGGAUAGGAUGAGAGAGCUGGACGCUCCACCCAGUCCACAGGGGUAUUCUGGGAUGCAACCAGAUGAUCUCCACAGAGCGAGGAGUGGCCCCGGAUCCAUUACAGCCAAGCAUGGCGAGCCCCUCUCUCCAGCAGCCAGUACUCUGGCGAUGGUUCUGACCCGAGGCUUGAGCAUGGAGCAGCAGAAGAGCAGCAGAGACUCCCUGCAGUACUCCAGUGGCUACAGCACACAGACCAACACCCCGUCCUGCUCGGAGGACACCAUCCCCUCUCAAGGUUCUGAUUAUGAGUGCUACUCCCUCAAUGGGGACGCCGACAGCGAAGGGCAGGCGGACUUUGACAAGUCCUCCACCAUCCCACGUCACAGUAACAUCGCUCAGAGCUACCGCCGCAUGAUCCAAACCAAGAGGCCGGCCAGCACGGCAGGCCUGCCUGCAGGGAAGAGCCUGCAGGGAACCGCCAACGGCUCUGUGGCAAACAGCUCCGGACCCAUCGCCUCAGGGACAGCCACCAUCCGACGGACGCCAUCCUCUAAGACUGGGGUGAGACGUACGCCAUCCACGUCGGGGCCCAUCCCUAUCCGGCCCCCCAUCGUCCCGGUAAAGACCCCAACAGUGCCAGACUCCCCCGGGUACGCCAGCCCGUCCCAGUACCGCGUGGGCAGCGAGGAGUUCCUGUACGGUGACGACCUGUCGGCGAGUGACUACAUGAGGGCCUCUCCGAAGCGGAUGAGCCUCCCCGACACGGCUUGGGGCUGCGGGGGGGCCGGCAUGGAUCGGACUCUUAAUGCCCAGCAGGCCCCUGGCAUGGGCACCCUCGGCUCUGAGGAGGACCCUCUGCUGGCUGCCAACCGCCACAGCCUGGUGGAGAAGAUAGGAGAGCUGGCAGCCAGCGCCCGCGCCCUCGGCGAGGGUCAGUUCCCCUUCCCCAGCUCGCUGCCGGGGGAUCCGGCUCAGCAGGAGCCCUCCUCCGAGACGCAGGAGGACAGGGACAUGCUGGUGUCUAUACGCCGGGGGGUGAAGCUCAGGAAGACAGUAACUGAUGACAGAUCGGCUCCCCGGAUCCUUCGGUAGUCGACGGGGGGGCGGGGGGAAGAAGCUGCAGAGGAGCAGCUGCCGUGCCCUUAUUUACAAACUGAAGCUUUGUAGUGAAACACAACAGCACUCAUGUAAUACAUUAACCGAGGCACAAGUGAGAGAGGUGAUGAAACGUGGUGAAUGAAGGCCAGUCGAGUAAUGAGUGACCAUGGACUAUGUUGAGUCAUUUCAUGUCAUGUAUGUAUUGCGUACGUGCGAAGUAACCCUUCUUUCUUUUUGUUUUGUUCUUGUUGUUUUGUUGUUCUCGGUGGCUGUGAUCCUCUUCUCCCUGUGUGACCACUUGUUUCAGCCCAGUUUGUCCCUUUAGACGCAUCGACUUACACAUCAGUGGGGAUCCUCUAUUUUUUUUUUUUUUUGCUCUUAUGAUUACAAUUAUACUGUGCAUUUUUUUUUUAACUUAACACAGCCACCCGUCAGUGGAAAGUGAAGGACGCAGCGCUCUGUGAGCCUGUCUGUGUGUUGUGUUUCUCACUGUUACUGUACAAGUACCGUAUUACUGUUUUGUUUCAUAAGCUGAACAGCAGCUGUGUAAGUCAUGUAAAAAUAAAAGCAAUAUGGCAGCGUUUUUAUUGCUAUACUGUACUGUCACUAUAUUCUGCAAUUAAACAGGCUUUUUACUGU